GCCAGCCGCUAGUCUCGCGGCUACUUUACCCGCGGUCGGUCGCGGCUACGUCACCGUGACAUUUUAUCGUCGGUGUUAAGUUAAGAAAUAUAUUAUUUAUUAGUAAGUUAAACAAUAAUCUACCACCAUGGAUCCCGAAGCCUUUUUAGACCUGGCCAACCAGGUCAUAAAGCUGAAAAUGUAUCCAUACUUCGACAUAGCGCAUUCAUUAUUAUGCGCUUUGGCGGUGCGGGAGGAUUUAGGAGCUGGCGCACAAGCGUUCUCGAGGAAACACCCGCUGUCAUGCUGGUUGUCGACGAUGCUGGUGAUAUUCGCGGGCGGGAUGGUCGCCAACGGCCUGCUGGGGGAGCCCAUACUCGCGCCGCUGAAGAACACACCGCAGUUAGUUAUAGGCACUGUCACAUGGUACGUGGUAUUUUACACGCCGUUCGACGUGGGGUAUAAAGUGGCCAAGUUCUUGCCAGUCAAGGUGGUAGCCGCUGCCAUGAAAGAAAUCUACCGCGCCAAGAAAGUGUACGAUGGAGUCUCGCACGCCGCCAAGCUCUACCCCAACGCUUAUAUCAUCAUGGUCAUCAUCGGUACGCUGAAAGGUAACGGCGCCGGGUUCACCAAGCUGCUAGAGCGACUCAUUCGCGGCGCGUGGACACCCACCGCCAUGGAAACUAUGCAGCCCAGCUUCUACACGAAGGCGUCGCUGGUGGCGUCCGUGAUCUUCGUGCUGGACAAGAAGACCGAUAUCAUCUCCGCGCCGCAUGCGCUCGUCUACUUCGGCAUUGUCAUCUUCUUCGUCUACUUUAAGUUGUCUUCCAUCCUGCUGGGCAUCCACGACCCGUUCGUGCCUUUCGAGAAUCUGUUCUGUGCGCUGUUCAUGGGCGGCAUUUGGGACUCGCUGGCCAAGCUGAUGGGCAAGGGGCAGCCCAAGGAGGAGACUAAGGAUGCUAAGAAAACUAAUUAGAUAUAACAUACGUCGCAUAUUUUUCAUCUACUGACACCGACAACAUCUGCGACGUUUUUCCUUAGACGAAAAAAAUAUAUAAAAAUGAACAUAAAAAAAAAUAGAAAAAUCCUUGUAAAUUUAAAAAAAAAUGGCACAACGACCAAAGUUCGGGUAGAAUUGUAUUAAUUUAAGUUUUUAAGUUUGACUAGUCAUAAACUUUAGGUUUUUAUAAGUAUACGGUGAUUGUUUCUAUGUUAUAUCUGUGUGGUUUUUACAUCCCGAGUUUUUGGGUCUAUCAUUUGAUAGCGGAUACCAGUGAGAUGAUGGUGAUGGUUGAAAAGCUUUUGUGGUACUCUAGAGGUGAUAACAUCUCAUUGGCUAAAAACCUUUUCCUAUGAGCGUAUUAUUAGUUGUUAGAAAACUGGAGCAACAAACCUUUAUUGUAUUGACAAAUUAAAUAAAUUGUAAUUUAUGUGUUAUUAUGCUGAGUUACCUAUAAUUUACUAAUUAACUUUUUGGGGUAAACCCAUAUUUUUGACAAUAUUGGGUAGGUUCAAUUUCAAAAUCUCGCAAAAUAAACAUCUGAAUAACACUUAAAAAGCGCUUGUAUUUUUUAAAAAGAAAAUUACCUAAAACUAUUAGGUGUAGGAAAACACCUCAUCUUUUUAGGUAAUUUAAUUUCUAUUGCACAAAAAAAAAUUUACUUAAGAUUAUUUGAAUUUUGAGGUUUUGAUGUAAUUAGUAAAUAGUAAAUUAUACGUAGACUUAUUUAGGCUUAAUGUUGCCAAACUAAAUAUAAUAUUUUUUACAAUGUUGACAUAUUUUUAAGUUUCCAAUUUCAUUUUAAAGCCAUGAUUUACUGUUUCUUCGCAUGAUAUUGUCUUCCUUCUAAAUAAAUAUAUUAUAAAAAAACAUAUUUAUUUAAAAAAAUGUAUGCUGUGUGUUUCGAUAGGAAUAAAAGUGUGAAAACCGUGAAAACAUUAAAAUACCGAGCGUUGUAAUUUUAUGUUUAGGUUUCGAAACGAAUUACGAAUCUAUCGACUUCCUUUAAAAACAAGAUUCCACACAAAAACUGCAAUUUCACUCAAAGAUUUGAUUACAAUAAUAAUUGUAAUAUACAAUUUUAAUUUAAUUAUAUAAUUUAAUAGGCACAAAUAUUUUUUAUCUAUUAAAUGUGAUAUUUUUUCUUUUAAAUGACAGAUGACAUUUGACAUUAAUGUAUUAUUAUUUCAUGAAAAAUCUGACUGAAUCGCGCGGGUGCUAGCGGUAAGGAUCACAUAUUUCGUGGAAAUUAAAAAAAAAAAGUUAUUGCGACGAUUUGCCCACUGAAAAUGAAUUAAACUGUUUGGUUUAUGGUAAAGGAAAGAAUAAAUUGUUUUAUUGGGU